UCACUGAUGUGCUACUAACUACAGUUCCUGUGAGCUGGAGCUCUACCGGUGGUUCUGAUUUGGAAGCAUAUGUUUGAAGUACGAGGAGGAGGGUCAACGAAAGGAAGAGACGCCUCGCUCUUCCAUAGCCUGCCAUGACUGGCUGCUCUGAGGUUAUAAGGGGCCGGGCUGAGGUUAAAGAGGGUUGGGUUGGGAGAAGGAGGAGGAGGGGGUGUGGAGGAGGAGGAGUGGUGGGCAAGAGACAAGGGUGGGAUGACCAUCUGGUUGAGCUCCUCCAUGUACACGCACACGCACACACCCCUCUCAAACACUCUCUCCCACGCGCUCAGACAGACAUCUCCCUGGCUUUUUACAGUCUUAGCUUUGAUAUGGGCUGUUACUGUGCUGACAGCUCUGAUAGAGAAGGCUGACUGCUUCUGUCCUGGAAUUAGUGCUCUGAGGAUCUUACAUAGAUAUGGAGCCCAGAGGCUGGAGAACAAUCUAGGACUGGAUAUAGUGGUGAUAAGAUCAUUCUUCUUGCUCACCUCAGGAGAGUUGGCCUACGCUGAGUAAAAAGAGAGUCUGAUGAGCCUGGCGAGUGCAGCAGUGUCGGCGGCUGGCUUCCAGGGUGGGGCACGCCAGCGAGACUUGAUGAUGGAGCAGAAAGUCAGUAAGCUUACAACUGGCUUCCAGCGCAGCUCCACCUCAGACGAUGACUCGGGUUGCGCGCUUGAGGAGUACGCCUGGGUACCUCCUGGCCUUAGGCCAGAACAGGUCCAGUUAUAUUUCUCCUGUCUGCCAGAGGACAAGGUUCCCUAUGUGAACAGUCCGGGAGAGAAGUUUAGAAUCAAGCAACUCCUCUACCAACUUCCACCGCACGAUAAUGAGGUGCGUUACUGUCAGUCCCUCAGUGAGGAGGAAAAGAAGGAGCUGCUUAUGUUCAGUGUCCAGAGGAAGAAGGAAGCACUGGGAAGGGGCACAGUAAAACUCCUGCCCCGCAGCAGCAUUCUGGCCAGCAUUUGUGAGCAUUGCGGUGAAAACAUCAAUGGUGGAGAAAUGGCAGUGUCCGCCUCAAGGGCCGGCCCUGGACUGUCCUGGCACCCGGCAUGCUUUGCCUGCUCCACAUGUAGUGAACUGCUGGUGGAUUUGAUCUACUUCUACCAUGAUGGAAAGAUCCACUGUGGAAGGCACCAUGCUGAGUUACUCAAACCGCGCUGCUCAGCCUGUGAUGAGAUCAUCUUUGCUGAUGAGUGCACAGAGGCAGAGGGGCGCCAUUGGCACAUGAAGCACUUCUCCUGUUUCGAAUGUGAGACAAUUCUGGGGGGCCAGCGCUACAUCAUGAAGGAUGGCAGACCAUACUGUUGUGGCUGCUUUGAGUCUCUCUAUGCUGAGUACUGUGAGGCUUGUGGAGAACAUAUUGGCGUUGAUCAUGCUCAGAUGACCUAUGAUGGGCUCCACUGGCAUGCCACUGAGAGUUGCUUCAGCUGUGCCCAGUGUAAGAGCUCUCUCCUCGGCUGUCCCUUCUUGCCACACCAGGGCCGUAUUUACUGCUCCAAGGCCUGCAGUCUAGGGGAAGAUGUACAUGCCUCCGACUCCUCUGACUCUGCCUUCCAGUCAGCACGCUCACGUGAAUCCCGCCGAAGCGUGCGCAUGGGAAAGAGCAGUCGCUCGGCCGACCAAUGUCGACAGUCGCUUCUCUUCUCACCGUCGGUAAACUAUAAGUUCCCUGGCUUUAGUGGAAACGCUGAAGACACCCUGACUAACAAGCUUGCCCACAUGAACUUAUCUGAUGAGCAUUUCUGGAGAGGACGUGGUGAGGAGGCAGAGGCACCUGAGGAUCAGGAGGAGGAGUGGGCUGAGCAUGAAGACUACAUGACUCAGCUGCUACUAAAGUUUGGGGAACAUGGGGUCUUCCAGCAAGCCAAUGACUCCAGACCCACAGAUUUCUGGAUCUCUGAAAAGGAUGCCAAGAUGAAGCAGGAAACCUCAAAAGCUGGUGGCAGUGGUGGAGUAGGAAGGGGCAGCUUGGCUAGUAAGAAGUACCAGGCUGACAUGUACUGGGCCCAGUCUCAGGAUGGGCUAGGGGACUCAGCAUAUGGUAGCCACCCAGGGCCAGCAAGCAGCAGAAAGAUCCAGGAGUUGGAGCUAGAUCAUGGGGCUGGAGGAGGCUUCCAGGGAGAGGAGCCACAAUGGUAUAAUGACUCUUUGGAGUGUAUCACGGACGAGUUCAAGAAGACAGAUCAGAGUGUCCGAGACUCUAUGGACUCACUGGCACUCUCCAAUAUUACUGGGGCCUCAGUAGAUGGUGAUAGUAAAGACAGACCUUUGGUAUAUUCCCUGCAAGGCUUCCAUGAACUGGAGACAGAAGACUGUGAGAAAACCAGUAAUAUGGGAACCCUCAACUCCUCUAUGUUACACAGAAGUGCAAAUUCCCUGAAGAGCCUUGUAUCUGAACAGGAAGAGGAUGUGGAGGAAAAUGUUCCAAAAGAGGACGAGCUGCCUCUGCCAGAGGACAGACCCAAACCUCAUGUCCCUGCCCUCAGGAGGACACGUUCACAAUCUAGGCCACAGCAAGUCAAAUUUUCUGAUGACGUGGUGGACAAUGGCCAUUAUUGCGAACCCCCAGUGCGCCAGCCACCUAUGAGUGAGCGGACUCGCCGGAGAGUGUACCACUUUGAGGAGCAGGGCCAGGAACUUCACUCUGGUCGCCACCAUCACCACCACAGGAGACACCGCAGUCGCAAGUCUCGUUCUGACAAUGCUCUUAACCUUCUGCCCAAGGAGAGGCCCCAAAUGUGCUACAAAGUGGACCAUAGAGGCAAUGCCCUUGGACCCAAGGGGCACCAAGCCUUCCACGGCCACCCUAAUGCUUCUGCAAUGUCAGACUAUGGGCUACAGGGCCCAGCCAUGGGGAGAUUCUUGGGGUUGUAUGGGGAUGAUGAUGACUGGUGCUCCACAUGCUCUUCUUCCUCCUCUGAUUCUGAGGAAGAAGGCUUUUUCCUGGGCCAGCCCAUCCCUCAGCCUAGGCCCCAUAGAUACUACUACACUGAUGACUUGCCCACCCCUGUGACAGGCAUGUCCUCUCCUCCUUAUGGCCAACGGACCAAGUCCAAAAAGAAGAAAGGGCACAAGGGGAAAAACUGUAUAAUUUCAUAGACUUUCAUUACUCUCUUAUCCUCAGCUUUGGGUAAUGCUUUGCCACUUACAUUUGCCUUCCAUGUUCACUGAUUAAAAUGCAAUAACAGUCUGCUUGCUAUUACAAAAUUCACAUCACGCAGUUUACCAAGGUGUUUGUGUAAGACACAAAUCCUUAUUCUGAAUCUUCAUAGGUGUACAUGUGGCAUUACAAACUGCCAGAAGAGUAAUUUUAGAAUAAUACAUAUUUAUAAACACAUCUAAACUGUGUUAAUAUAACCCAGUGAAGAUAUUAAUGUAUAUAUUGUAGAAUUAAAAAAAA